AUGGGACCUCCGCGAGGCGUUCCUGCGCCAGCAUCCCAUCCCUGCGCUGGGAAAGCUGGACGGCCCCGAAAUACCUACAGGGAGGAAGGACACCUCCGCUUGCCCUGCGAGGCAGCCUGCCUGAUUUCCAGAAACGCCCUGGGUGCAGCAUUUGUUGCUACAAGAAACAUCCAUGCCUCCAAAACAUGCUUUCAGAAAACUGGCACUGCUGAGGUAUCCUCUAUUCUUGAGGAACGUAUUUUGGGAGCUGACACCAGUGCUGAACUUGAGGAGACUGGCCGUGUGCUCUCAAUUGGUGAUGGCAUUGCCCGUGUGUACGGGCUAAGAAAUGUACAGGCAGAAGAAAUGGUUGAAUUCUCUUCUGGACUGAAGGGUAUGUCCUUGAAUUUGGAGCCCGACAACGUUGGUGUUGUCGUGUUUGGUAAUGACAGACUGAUCAAGGAAGGGGAUGUUGUGAAGAGGACUGGUGCCAUUGUGGAUGUUCCUGUUGGGGAAGAGCUGCUGGGCCGCGUUGUAGAUGCCCUGGGCAAUCCAAUUGAUGGGAAGGGUCCUAUUACAUCUAAGGCACGUAGAAGAGUUGGCUUAAAGGCCCCUGGGAUCAUUCCCAGAAUCUCUGUGCGUGAACCCAUGCAGACUGGUAUUAAGGCUGUGGACAGCUUGGUGCCAAUUGGUCGUGGCCAGCGUGAGCUGAUCAUUGGUGACAGGCAGACUGGGAAAACUUCAAUUGCAAUUGACACAAUAAUCAACCAGAAACGAUUUAAUGAUGGAACAGAUGAGAAGAAGAAGCUGUACUGUAUCUACGUUGCAAUUGGCCAGAAGAGGUCUACUGUUGCUCAGCUGGUGAAGAGGCUCACUGAUGCAGAUGCCAUGAAGUACACUAUCGUGGUGUCUGCCACAGCAUCUGAUGCAGCACCCCUUCAGUAUCUGGCUCCCUAUUCAGGCUGCUCCAUGGGGGAAUACUUCAGAGACAAUGGAAAACACGCAUUAAUCAUCUAUGAUGACUUAUCCAAACAGGCUGUUGCCUAUCGUCAGAUGUCUCUGCUGCUGCGUCGUCCACCCGGUCGUGAAGCCUACCCAGGUGAUGUGUUCUACCUGCACUCUCGCCUGCUGGAGAGAGCAGCCAAGAUGAAUGACUCCUUUGGAGGUGGCUCUCUGACUGCCUUGCCUGUCAUUGAAACUCAGGCUGGUGAUGUGUCUGCUUACAUUCCAACCAAUGUCAUCUCCAUCACUGAUGGACAGAUCUUCUUGGAAACUGAGUUGUUCUACAAAGGUAUCCGUCCAGCCAUCAACGUCGGUCUGUCUGUGUCCCGUGUAGGUUCUGCUGCUCAGACCAGGGCUAUGAAGCAGGUGGCAGGUACCAUGAAGCUGGAGUUGGCCCAGUAUCGUGAAGUAGCUGCCUUUGCUCAGUUUGGGUCUGAUCUGGAUGCUGCUACGCAACAGCUUGCCUUGGAUGGCUCCAGCCCUCGCAGCAUUUUAGUAGCCCUCCUCUGGCCCCGCUCCAACAGGUCCCUGUCCUCCUUGUGCAGUUGGUCUUCAAAGGCGGCCUCUGUAGUGCUGAUGUGUCCUGAUGUAAGGGUUAAUGAUGGCACGAAUGCUUGCUUUUCUGCAGUUCCCAUGGCUAUUGAGGAGCAGGUUGCAGUCAUCUAUGCUGGUGUAAGAGGUCACUUGGACAAGCUGGAGCCCAGCAAAAUCACUAAAUUUGAGAGUGCUUUCCUAGCUCAUGUGCUGAGCCAGCACCAGGCCCUCCUCUCCACAAUCAGGACCGAAGGGAAGAUCUCUGACCAGACGGAAGCCAAGUUGAAGGAAAUAGUCACCAGUUUCCUGGCUACUUUCGAGGCGUAAACUCCUUAACUCUUCCAGCGGACCCGGCGGUUGUCCUGACCCCGUGCUCCAGCUCCAUCAAAGACUUCAAAGCAUGCGCCACUUGAAUGUACAGAUCUCGGUGGGAAUAAAAGCGCCUGUGUCAAAGG